GCAGACGGCUAUAGGUCGAACUUCUUUAUCGAUCAAGUUUAGGUGCGUUUCAUUCCUUUUUUUUCUUCUUCUAGUAAGUCUAUAGUAAGUUUUCAUUUACUGGCCGCAGUUAAAACAUCAUGUCUAGUUCAUUUUCCUUCUUUAAAGCGGCCUCUAGGUUUGCCAAAAACCACAAGUUCUUCACUAGUCUUGGUGUUUUGGCCGGUGGUGGAAGUUCCUUAAUUUACGCCUUAGAACAAUCAAUACACGCUGACCACGACGCCGCGCAUGCACCUCAACAACCAUGGAAUCAUAAUGGAUGGUUUAGCACGCUGGACCAUGCUAGCAUUCGUCGCGGUUGGGAGGUCUAUAAGAAUGUUUGUGCGGCUUGUCACAGCGUCGAAUACUUGGCCUACCGCGAAUUGGUCGAUGUUUGUUUGACCGAAGCCGAAGCAAAAGCUGAAGCCGCUGAACAAUUGAUCGAAGACGGUCCCGACGAGACGGGAGCCAUGUACAAAAGACCCGGAAAAUUGUCGGACUUGUUACCGAAACCGUAUCCCAACGAAGAAGCAGCUCGGUACGCCAACAAUGGUGCUUAUCCGCCGGACUUAACUUACAUUACUCAGGCUAGAAUAGAUGGAGAAAACUAUAUAUUUGCUUUGUUGACCGGAUACAUGGAUCCGCCCGCAGGAGUUCAAGUUCAAGAGGGUCAACAUUACAACCCGUACUUCCCGGGAGGAGCGAUCGGAAUGGCACAAGCUUUGUACGACGAGAUUAUCGAGUACAGUGACGGAACCCCGGCCACUCAAAGUCAAUGUGCUAAGGAUGUCGUGACGUUCUUGAAAUGGUGCGCCGAACCCGAACACGAUACCAGGAAACUGUUUGCGAUGAAAGCGUUUUCGAUUUUGGGAGUGCUCAAUUUGGUCGCCUGGUACUUGCACAGACAUUACUGGUCGGUCAUGAAGACGCGUAAAAUUUUGAAAAAAUAGUUGUACGACCGUCCGUUGUUUGUUAUGAUAUAAAUUGUAUUAUUAUAAGUAGAAUAAAACACAAAACCAAAAAAUGAUAAAGCAAAAAACUGAAUAAACCCUUUUGUUAGUUUUUUUUUUUUAAAUAACAAUAAACCGCUUUUAAAUAAUGUUAUGAUAAUCGAUUCAGUAUUUGUCAAUAUUACCAGAUCAGUAUAAGAUUAUAUUUAGACCUUCGAAAAAAUUAAAUGUUCGUUAUAUAAUAAACCAAAAAGUCCACAUAUUUGAUAAUAUUAUUAUAGUUUUAAGUGUUAUUAAAUGUGACGUUUGGUUAGGUUCUAUUGUUGUCUAGAUAAAUAGUUAAAUAUCGUUUAAGGGCCAAUACAACCAAGACACACAACUAGUCGGUUUAUUCAUGAUUUUUGUUUUAUUAUUUAUUACUCGUCUUAAAUUGUCAUGUUUACUUGUCAUUAAAAUUGUUUAGUUUUUAAACAUUUACUUCGCAAAUCGUUCGCUAAAAAUAAAAACAAUUGUCUUUUAUAUAUUGUUUCAAUAAUUUAUAUUUCAUUAAAUAGUUUUCAACACAUGACGCAAA